CAAUUGAUAAAGCAGAGGGAAAUGACGCGCCAGAAUAACAAAGCAACUUUAUAAAAUGUCUGCGCACCACACGCCUCGUGGCAUGGGAUGACAUGUACAAUCCGUCGUGUAGCAGGCCCUUGAUAGAGAGAACUUUGGUUCUUUGUGAGCACAGAUCUUUCCUUGACCGUUGUUUCAAUGUGCGACUUCUCCGUCAUGUUUUAUGCCAACCAAUACACGCAGAUUGAGCACAGAACAGAUUAUCGAGAAAAACCUUAUUACUUCGCUUUGGAGCAGUCCGCCGCUCGACAUUUUCAUUCGCACGAGUGGCGUGAAGCGAUUGAGCGGUUUUCUGCAGUGGCAGUCAUAUACACAUCCGAAGUAUUGUCCUCACCAAACCCAUUUGUAUCUCCCACAGUACUGCGAAAACAUGCAGUCCACAUGGUAAAUACCUAUUGGCCCAACUUCAGCCUCUGGAACUUUGUGCCAAUUUUACUAGAUUAUCAGGGGAAGGUGUGGGCACGAUAGAGUAGCUGCAGGUUUAGGUGCGAAACUCUUGGUCAAAUCCCUUGUUAUUUUCUACCUUCACGAGCUUUUUUGUUGGCUGUGUUUUACUCAG